GUCUUUCGUUACAGAGUUGGGGAGUCUUCACGUUCCACACCAACACUUACCAGUGCUGGUCUUUUUACAUCAUCCUUUCUGGGUCAUUACUCUUAUCACUCAAUCCCAUAGAAGAGAAUUAUGUUGGGCCGAGUCUUCAUCUUCAUUCAGACGCGAUUUUAGGCUUUAGUCUUUUUUGUUCUAUCAGGAAAAAUAAGUACUAGUUUGUACCAGCGAAUCCUGGGGAAAGAGAACUAGUGGAGGCAUGGGCUUUGGUAAAGCAGUGGGGGCGCGUUCACAGUCCAGAAGCCAGUACAAGCCCAUUACCUACCCCCAACAGCAGGCUCCUGGUUUAAAAGUUUCACGAAGCAGCCUCUCUAAGCAGCAGGACCCCUGAUCCCUUACUGCUAAGGAUUAUUUACACACCCCAUCAGCCAGGCUCCUCUUCAGAGUGCUCGUGGGAACCCGUCCUCUAUAGAAACCUCCUCUCCUGCAGGAAGAGGUACAUAACAGUCGGGUGAAGUGAACGCCCCAGCCUCCUCCUCACUUUGACUCAGCCCAGGCUCUCCAGGACACCGAGCGAGCAAAGAAGCUUGAGUCGGCACCAGCGCUAAUCUCUGGCCCCGACCACCCCCUGCCAAACUUUUCCCUGGCAACCUGGUAACGUGAUUCAGGAACCUAGAAUGGAACUGGAAACCGACUCAAUGGGGCCUCUCUAGGAAACUUUCACAUAUCGUUAGCACUCAGUUCACGUUUAUUGGUCUAAGAACGAAAGAACCGGAAGAUGCCCUUAAAAAACGUGGCGGCAGUCUAGCUUCACCAGAGUUGCCUCAGUAGCUCUAGAAACUUGCCCUAGACUUCGGCCACUCACCGGCCAGAAAAGAAGACGCCGUCCGGUCCACUUUAAGUUCAUCGAGGACAGCACAAUCUGGGUUCAACUAUAAUGGCGGCACUGCCCAAUUGGCUUCUUACCCCUAGGCAUGAUGGCCGCCAGGCGGCUUCAGUUAGUUUCUCACCACCCCGGAAGACCAGGACCGGCGAUUGGGCGGUGCCCAAAGGCUCCGAGAAGAAGGCCCUCGGCGGUUGGGCAGUGCUGGGUAAGGCUAGUUUUAAAGGAGCCGGAGGUGGGAGCCGUCGAAGACCCGGGAUCCGCGGGAGGCGGCGCACGCCUGGCCGGCAGCGUCUGUGCCGCCAACCCCUUGCUGGAGCAUUAUGGGGAGACAAGAGCCCAAAACGGCCGAAACUGCAGCCUCUCGGGGCCCCUUCGCCCUUGGAAAAAGCCUCUCGGCGGGUCCUGGCCGUGGUCCUGGAAGAUGUUAUGGCUGCCCGCAUGGUCCCCCUGGAGCCCCAGGAAGAGAGUUCCACCCCACGACACCACAGCAACCAUCAGGAUUCUGUUCGCAGCCAGCCGCCUGCCUCACCACCCCGGCAGGCCACGUGGUCCCCACAAGCCAGGCCUCCCGACCCAUUGCACCUAUGUCGAGAGCCCUUGAGCCGUAUCCGUUGGCCCCCUUCCACCCCAAGGCGGCAGUCAAGGACAACACCUGGCCCAGAGGAGGGGCCUUCACAAAAGGUGGACCAGGUGCACCAGCCCACCCUGGUAGUGAUGCUGCAGGACAUUGCCAGCUCCAGACCCCGAGCUGAGGGCUUUGCUGAUGAGGCUCCCAACUUCAUCGUCCCAGCGAGAAGAGCUGAGCCCAAGGUGAUGGUUCACCAGCCAAAGCCUCCGUCCAGGGACCUGCCAGCCCCAUCCCGUCCAUCUGCCCUGUCUGCAAACCCUCUGGCGAGCCCACCACCAGCCCCAGAUCCUGUUCUGGAGCCCCCAUCGACCCCACCGCCGUCCAGCCUUUUACGCCCCCGCCUCAGUCCCUGGGGCUUGGCCCCCCUCUUCCAUUCCGUCCGCUCCAAGCUGGAGAGCUUUGCUGACAUCUUCCUCACACCCAACAAAGCCCCGCGGCCCCCACCCCCAUCACCCCCCAUGAAGUUGGAGUUGAAGAUUGCCAUCUCAGAGGCUGGGCAGCCCGGGGCUUCUGAGGGCACUGUGACAGUCAGUCCCCGGCCCCCUAUCCGCCAAUGGCGGGCCCAAGACCAGAACCCCCCAGCAACUCUCACUAAGCCCUCUCUGGGCCGAAGCCACUCCUGCCCUGACCUGGGGCCCCCUGGCCCAGAUCCCUGCAGCUGGCCCCCUGUUCCAGCCCCCUCAAGCCGGCCACGGCCUCGGCGGCACACGGUGGGUGGUGGAGAGAUGGCCAAAGCCCCACCACCCCCUCGGCCCUGUCUCCGGAAAGAGGUCUUCCCUCUUGGAGGAGUGGGAGGCUCUCCUCCCCUCGUCACAUCUUGCUCGUCUACUGCAUCCACCUCUUCCUUCUCUGAACCUGCAGAACCCAGGUUGAGCUCAACCAAGAGAAAGGAGCCAAGGGCCCCAGAAGACCAGGUGCUUCCAGAUUCCGAGACCAAGACCAUCGGGAAGGUUUCUCGAUUCAGAAUACGCAGGACACCUGCCCGUUCUCAAAUAAACCUCACACCAAUGGGGCUGCCUCGGCCAGUCAGGUUGAACAAGAAGGAGUUCAGCUUGGAAGAAAUUUACACCAACAAGAAUUACCAGUCACCCACAACCAGGAGGACCUUUGAGACCAUCUUUGAGGAACCCCGGGAGCGCAAUGGGACUCUGAUUUUCACCAGCUCAAGGAAGCUCCGGCGGACUGUAGAAUUUCGGGACAGCAGUCUUCCUCGAUCCCGGCGGCCAUCUCGAGGGGCCCGGGCUACAGCUGGCAGGACCCUUCCUCCCAGUCUUGCCCCCAGCCCAGAUGUAGAACCCCUGCUGCAGCAGCGACUCCAGGAGCUGGACGCCUCACUCCUGGAGGAGGAGGAGGAAGGGGAUCAAGAUCAGCCCCAUCGGACUUAGAAGCUCCAUUUGUCUGUCCAUGCGUCCUGAGGGGAUGGGGGAAAGUCUCUGAGGCAGUUAUUUUUUCUCUAUAUUUCUAGUAAAGUUUUCGAUAUGUUUCUGA